AUGGAAGGUUUGUUGCAAAUCAAAAGCCUGGGAACAACCUCCUAUGUGGGCGAUACGAUGAACCCGAGAAAGCAGCCACCAUCUUGCCCUCUCCUUGGUCGCUCCAUCCCACUGACGAAAGAUGGGCAACGACGCAUGUGCCAGAGCACCUUGCCCUUCCAAUGCUUCUCGAUUUUUACUUUGCAAACGAAUGCAGACCCCACUACCAACAGUAUUUAUGCUUCGGAGAAGUAUCCGCUCCUCUUUAGCGAGGUGCACCAGUAUGGCAUCAUUCACCGCUUGGAUGUGCCCAGUAGUGGCUUGAUCCUUGUGGGAAAGACCUUCGUGGGCUACUUCGCCCUGCGGUGGCAGCAGGACACCUACGAACUGGGACGGCACUACUUGGUGCUGUGCCAUGGUCACUUUACUGCGGGAAAGCACAUCAUCAACGCAAGGAUCAAGACGAGCAAGACUUUCCCUGCCACGAGCCGCGUGAGCGCAGCGGGAAAGCCUGCUUGGACUCAGGUGGAGGCCUUGUGCCUGCUGGCGAGAGGCGAUCAGCCCUUCUCCCUGCUUUUGGUGCUGAUCCGCACUGGGCGGACGCACCAGAUCCGAGUGCACCUUCAGCAUGCAGGCCAUCCCACCGUCUGCGAUGAAAAGUACACGGACCCGGCCGUGUUCGCAGAAGAUGUGUCCUGGUGCCCUCGGAACUUCCUUCAUCGCUUCGAGCUGACCUUCCAGGAUUGCGACGGCCAAGCAAGAGCGGCUCGGGCGGCGCUGCCGGAAGACCUCCAGGCAGUUCUCGCGACCCUUCGGGCGAUCGAGGGGGAGGCACAGACGCCGCCGGUCCCUUCCGCUAUCCGCCGAGCACUGACACCUCCACCUGCGACAACUCCUCAGGAAGCCCACACAAGGAUCUCCAACCUGGAGCAGUUGGUGCAGGAGCUUCGUGGCGACCUUCGCAGACAGCGUGCUGAAGCACAGCGCCAGGAAGAGAAGGUGGAAAGCUUGUCCCAGAUUGUGCGCCGCCUGGAUGCGCAAGUCACGCUUCACCCGGCACCAAAGGAGGAGUUGCCAUCCGCGGCUGUUGCCACCUCGGUCUCCCCGGACUUCAAGGAGCUCAAACAGAUUAUGGAGCAAACGCUCAUUGAGCUGGAGAUGCUGAGCAGGCGUGCCACGGACUACCUCGACCAAACUGCGGCUGCCUCGAUGAAGCACAUCCAAGAGCUGCGGAGGCGAGCAGCCGGCGUGGCCGUAUCAAGGACGGACGAAGGGCGAGUGCCAGCCGCCAUCAACACGCAAGACCUGGCCUUCGACGAUGUGUCAGAGGCCACUUGCUUCAGCCCGGGCAGGCACGCGGACCUCCUCGCCAGCACCAGCCUCGGAUUCGAAAGCUUCAGGGCAGUCUAG